GUUAAAAGUUGAUUACCCAGCUGAUUACUUUGUUUUCUGACUUUAUUACUUUGUUUUAACCUCACUUUACCAAUUUAGAGAGUUAAGAGGGUGAUCUAUAUUAAAAAUUUAAAGCAGGACUUUACUCAGGGCAUCGUGUGACGUGGCGCAAAAAUUGCAAAAUUCCCUUGACCACUGGAGCGUUGCUAAGAAAGAAAGAACAAGAAAAGACAGUUCGGUUUGACAGGAUGAGUUGUAUUUUCUGCUGAUCUGGCGAGAAUAACCCUUAAACCAAACAGGAACGACAGUCAAAGGAGUUUAAAUACUGAUGAUGGCGUCUGUCAGAGAAGAUACUCCCAGGCUGAUGUGGAGGCCUAGAAAGGAAAACCCUACGAACAUGGAUGCAUUUCGUAAUCAAGUCAACCAACAUUAUGACUUGAAUCUUGGAACAUACUAUGAACUAUGGGAGUGGAGUAUAAAAAAUCAUUCAAGUUUCUGGGAAAGCUUUUGGAAUUUUUCUAAUAUUAUUCAUUCACAGACUUACCAAGAGGUUGUGGAUACGAAACCAAUGGAAGACAUCCCUGAAUGGUUUUCUGGAGCAAGGUUAAACUAUGCUGAGAAUCUACUGCAGUUUGAUGGAGAUAGGGUUGCCCUAUAUACUGCAGGUGAGGGCCAGCAAGUUAACACAAUGACAUUCAGUGAACUGAAACAAAAAGUUGCUGUGUUGGCUUCAGCACUGAGGAACCUUGGCAUCAAGAAAGGAGAUAGAGUUGUAGGCUACAUCCCUAACUGUACUUUGGCUAUUGAAGCAAUGCUUGCUACUGCCAGUAUAGGUGCUAUAUGGAGCUCUACAUCUCCUGACUUUGGUGUCACUGGAGUGCUGGAACGCUUUACACAGAUCAAACCCAAGAUAAUUUUUUCAGUUAAUGCUGUAAGAUACAACAGCAAAAUCCACAAUCACUUAGAAAAACUAGCUAAAGUUGUACAAGGUCUUCCUCAACUAGAAAAAGUCAUCAUUUUCCCAUUUGUUGAUGCUGAUGAUGAGAUUGAGAUAUCUCACAUUCCAAACAGUAUAUUUCUUUCAGAGUUUGCAAAAUUUGCAGAUGACUCACCUAAACUAGAGUUUGAACAGGUUCCCUUCAACCAUCCUCUGUUUAUUAUGUACUCAUCUGGUACGACUGGUCCACCUAAGUGUAUGGUUCAUUCAGUAGGGGGAACAUUGAUUCAACACUUGAAGGAGCACAUUCUCCAUGGUAACAUGACUAAAGAUGACAUCAUCCUCUACUACACCACAACUGGGUGGAUGAUGUGGAACUGGUUAGUGUCAUCACUCGCUGUAGGUGCUUCUCUUGUCCUCUUUGAUGGUUCACCAUUCAUUCCUCAUCCAAAUGUCCUAUGGGAUCUGGUAGACCAGGUUGGUAUAACGAUACUAGGGACAGGAGCCAAGUGGCUACAGGCUAUUGAAGCUAAGGGUAUACGUCCAAAGGAAACACAUGAUCUCUCUAUCCUACACACCAUAUUAUCAACUGGUUCACCGCUCAAACCCACAAGCUAUGACUAUGUUUAUGGGCACAUCAAGGAAGAUGUACUAUUAGGGUCGAUAUCAGGGGGUACGGAUAUCAUAUCAUGUUUUGCUGGACAAAACUGCACAUUACCAGUAUACCGAGGAGAGAUCCAGGCUAGGAAUCUGGGCAUGGCCGUGGAGAGUUGGAACGACAAAGGUGAAGCAGUCAUGGAUCAAAGUGGUGAUCUUGUCUGCACUAAACCCUUUCCCUGCAUGCCAACAAGCUUCUGGAAUGAUCCCAAUGGACUCAAAUACAAGAAAGCCUAUUUCACCAAGUUCUCAGGUAUCUGGUCACAUGGGGAUUAUUGUUCCAUUAAUUCUAAGACUGGUGGAAUCUUAAUGCUUGGAAGAAGUGACGGUACACUUAAUCCAAACGGUGUGCGUUUUGGUAGCGCGGAAAUCUAUAACAUAGUGGAACGAUUCGAUGAAGUAGAGGACAGUCUAUGUGUUGGUCAGCAGACUCCCGAUGGCGAGAGGGUGGUUCUUUUUCUUAAACUGGUCAGCGGUGUAAGGUUAUCAGACGAGCUAGUUCUCAGGACCAAGACAUUGAUACGCGGCCAACUGUCUGCCCGUCACGUGCCAGCGGUCAUCUUAGAAACCAAAGAAAUCCCAUACACCACCAGUGGGAAGAAAGUAGAGGUUGCGGUCAAGAAAAUCAUAUCUGGAGAAACGGUUAAUAACAGAGGUGCCUUGGCUAACCCCAAUUCACUCGACCUGUACUCAAAUAUAACGGAAUUGAAAGUAUGAUUUGAACGGUUUUAAAUAUACAGAUGAUGAAUUAAUAAGGAAUGCGAGAUAUGCAUGUUUCGCCAUUUUGGAACACAAUGUUUUGCCCCAUACUAGUCAUAAUAACGUGGGUAUAACGUAGAAUUAAUCUUAUGCUUUGAAUUGAACUUCAAAAAGAAAGAUAAAAGGGUAUAAAAACUGCGCAACAAAAACAAUAAUACUUUUGAUGUUAAUAUUUGCUAUUAAUAUAUAAUAUAUAUUUUUCAAACCCAGUCACAAUGCGAAUGCUAUUCCUACGUAACGCUGAUUUUGUAAUACUAUCACAUGACUAAAAUGCGUUUAACUUUUAUGGUAAUGAGGGGAUUCUGGUUUUUACUCAGGGAGGGGUAGGUUCAUUUAUUUAUUUUUUUGGUAUAUAUAUGGCUUGAAAAUGAAAAGGUGAAAUAAUGAAUUAAAAAAGCUUUUAUAAAGUA